UUGGCAAGCGGGUGCUUUACCACUAGCGCUACCCGGGAAGCCCUACAGUUCUACACCCUCUUAUAAAAUUGGUAUUAUCAUUUUUCUCCAUUUUGGAGAUGAUGAAGUAUCAGAAUGGUUAAGUAACUUGUUCAAGGUCACACAGCAGGCAAGGGGCAGAGCCCAAAUUUACACCAAGCCAAAAAUGGCUCUCCCGUGCCCCAUUGUCAGUUGGGAUGGGGGUAACAUCCUAGGUGCUGGGUGCUACAGGAGGGUCAGCAGGGUCUGGUCAAACAGUUCUGCCCAGGGCCAUGCCAACAAGUAGGGCUAACCAGGAUGAUCCAGAUCCACAGUCAAGUUCACAGAGCUGUAAGUUCCAACUUAACCCGGGAUUUGAGUGUUUGAGAUUUUUCUCAUUUAAGGAGCGUUUUCUGGGAAAGAACUCCCACCCCCACCCCCUUCCCAUGUAGAGAACAUAGAUUUUAAGUAGUACAGACCAGGGAACCAAAAACAACAGAGUCCUGAGUUUAAUCAGAGGAGAAAGCUAACACAGCCAAGCCAAAUGGAAGCGCAAAAAUACAUUUCCUUAGUUUCUGGAAAGGAAAACUGGGCAGACUCCGCUUCCAGUUUCGAUCCAGAGGCCGAGUUUUCCAAUGCUCCGGGUCCAGCGUCUCUCGAGGACCUCCCUGAAGGGCCCCCAGCUUCGCUGAGGCCGCGCCCAAGGAGCCGUCGGUCACCCCCUCGAAAGGCCCCCGCCGGCUCCGCCCCUGCCCACCCAAGGCCCCGCCCGCCCCGCCCCGCCCCGGCUGUGCUUGGUCCUCCUCAGCUCAAAGACUCUCUAAGGGUGAGCGAGCGGCAGCGCUCGGCGUUGUGGCUGGAGGCUGGGGCCGGCGAAGACGCCGGAGCCGCGGGUAGCAACUGGGCGCAGGAAGGCGCUUACUGGGGUUCGGACCGCGCGGCGUCAGCCGCUGCGAGCGCCGCUGAGCGCUCUAACCUUCAGUCGUGCAACUUCGUAGCCAGGACGUGAGAACCCGGAGAGCGCUCGAGUCUCGGAGCCGGAGGAGUGCAGAGAGGGGCGCGCCGGAGCCUGACCGGAGAGCGGACGCCAGGCACCCGUCGCGCUCCGAGCGCCCGGCAGCCCUCUGCGAAGGGUGGCUGCCUCUGCCCCAACGGAGGGCACGAGCUGGCGCGACCGGGCGCCGGGGAGGACGGCGAGGAGGAGGCGGCGGCGGCGGAGACGGCGGCGGCGAGGCUGGGGCCAGGGAGAGAGCCCCGGGGGAGAGGCGCCCGAGCCGGGCCGAGGGAGCAUGUGGGCCCGGAGCGGAGCGCGGGGCGCGCUGCUGCUGGCGCUGCUGCUCUGCUGGGAUCUGAGGCUGAGCCAAGCAGGCACUGACUCGGGCAGGGAAGAGCUCCCCGACUCCUUCCCAUCGGCACCAGCAGAGACGCUGCCCCACUUCCUGCAGGAGCCGCAGGACGCCUACAUCGUGAAGAACAAGCCCGUGGAGCUGGGCUGCCGUGCCUUCCCUGCCACACAGAUCUACUUCAAGUGCAACGGCGAGUGGGUCAGCCAGAGUGACCACGUCACCCAAGAGGGCCUGGACGAGGCCACUGGCCUGCAGGUGCGAGAGGUGCAGAUCGAGGUGUCGAGGCAGCAGGUAGAGGAGCUGUUCGGGCUGGAGGAUUACUGGUGCCAGUGUGUAGCCUGGAGCUCUGCGGGCACCACCAAGAGUCGCCGGGCCUACGUCCGCAUCGCCUACCUGCGCAAGAACUUUGAUCAGGAGCCUCUGGGCAAGGAAGUGCCCCUGGACCAUGAAGUUCUCCUGCAGUGCCGCCCACCGGAGGGGGUGCCUGUGGCUGAGGUGGAAUGGCUCAAGAACGAGGAUGUCAUCGACCCCACCCAGGACACCAACUUCCUGCUCACCAUCGACCACAACCUCAUCAUCCGCCAGGCCCGCCUGUCGGACACGGCCAACUACACCUGCGUGGCCAAGAACAUCGUGGCAAAGCGUCGCAGCACCACGGCCACCGUCAUUGUCUACGUGAACGGUGGCUGGUCCAGCUGGGCAGAGUGGUCUCCCUGCUCUAACCGCUGUGGCCGCGGCUGGCAGAAGCGCACGCGGACCUGCACCAACCCUGCCCCGCUCAACGGAGGUGCCUUCUGCGAGGGCCAGGCCUUCCAGAAGACUGCCUGCACCACCGUGUGCCCAGUCGACGGCGGGUGGACGGAGUGGAGCAAGUGGUCAGCCUGUAGCACCGAGUGUGCGCACUGGCGCAGCCGCGAGUGCAUGGCGCCCCCACCCCAGAACGGAGGCCGGGACUGCAGCGGGACCCUGCUCGACUCCAAGAACUGCACUGAUGGGCUGUGCGUGCAAAAUAAGAAAACUCUAAGUGACCCCAAAAGCCACCUCCUGGAGACCUCAGGGGACAUGGCGCUGUAUGCGGGCCUCGUGGUGUCCAUCUUCGUGGUGGUGGCUGUCCUCAUAGUUGUGGCCGUGGUGGUAUACCGCCGCAACUGCCGGGACUUUGACACCGACAUCACCGACUCAUCCGCCGCCCUCACCGGCGGCUUCCACCCAGUCAACUUCAAGACUGCAAGGCCCAACAACCCACAGCUCCUGCGCCCAUCCGUGCCUCCUGACCUCACUGCCAGCGCCAGCAUCUACCGCGGGCCAAAGUACGCCCUGCAGGACUCGGCCGACAAGAUCCCCAUGACCAACUCGCCACUGCUGGACCCGCUGCCCAACCUCAAGAUCAAGGUCUACAGCUCCGGCACCGCUGGCUCUGGGCCAGGCCUGGCAGACGGGGCCGACCUGCUGGGAGUCCUGCCGCCCGGCACGUACCCUGGUGACUUUGCCCGGGACACGCACUUCCUGCACCUGCGCAGUGCCAGCCUCGGCUCCCAGCAGCUCCUGGGCCUGCCCCGUGACCCAGGGAGCAGUGUCAGUGGCACCUUUGGCUGCCUGGGCGGGAGACUCAGCAUCCCCGGCACAGGGGUCAGCCUACUGGUGCCCAAUGGAGCCAUCCCCCAGGGCAAGUUCUACGAGAUGUACCUCCUCAUCAACAAGGCAGAAAAUACCCUCCCGCUUUCAGAAGGCACCCAGACAGUAUUGAGCCCCGCAGUGACCUGCGGGCCCACGGGCCUCCUACUAUGCCGCCCCGUCAUCCUUACGGUGCCCCACUGUGCAGAAGUCAGUGCCGGCAACUGGAUUUUCCAGCUCAAGACCCAGGCCCACCAGGGCCACUGGGAGGAAGUGGUGACCCUGGAUGAGGAGACCCUGAAUACCCCCUGCUACUGCCAGCUGGAGGCCAGGUCCUGCCACAUCCUGCUGGACCAGCUGGGCACCUACGUGUUCACGGGUGAGUCUUACUCCCGCUCGGCAGUCAAGCGGCUCCAGCUGGCCAUCUUUGCCCCGGCCCUCUGCACCUCCCUGGAGUACAGCCUCAGAGUCUACUGCCUGGAGGACACGCCUGUAGCACUGAAGGAGGUACUUGAGCUGGAACGGACCCUGGGUGGCUACAUAGUGGAGGAGCCAAAACCCUUGCUGUUUAAGGACAGUUACCAUAACCUGCGCCUCUCCCUCCACGACAUCCCCCAUGCCCACUGGAGGAGCAAGCUGCUGGCCAAGUACCAGGAGAUCCCCUUCUGUCACAUUUGGAGUGGCAGCCAGAAGGCCCUGCACUGCACCUUCACGCUGGAGAGGCACAGCCUGGCCUCCACGGAGCUCACCUGCAAGAUCUGCGUGCGGCAGGUGGAGGGGGAGGGCCAGAUAUUCCAGCUUCAUACCACGCUGGCAGAGACGCCUGCUGGCUCCCUAGACGCCCUCUGCUCCGCCCCCAGCAGUGUGGUCACCACCCAACUGGGACCCUACGCCUUCAAGAUCCCCCUGUCCAUCCGCCAGAAGAUAUGCAACAGCCUGGAUGCCCCCAACUCACGUGGCAAUGACUGGCGGCUGUUGGCACAGAAGCUCUCCAUGGACCGGUACCUGAACUACUUUGCCACCAAAGCAAGCCCCACGGGUGUGAUCCUGGACCUUUGGGAAGCUCUGCAGCAGGACGACGGGGACCUCAACAGCCUGGCGAGUGCCUUGGAGGAGAUGGGCAAGAGCGAGAUGCUGGUGGCCAUGGCCACCGACGGGGAGUGCUGAGCUGGCCUGCACCUGCGGGCUGGGAGGGACCAGCAGGAGGCGGGCACAGGCAGGCCCGGGGCAGCCUCCUGGGGGGCCAUUGGGCCUCCUCUGCCCCUGAGCUCACAGGCAGAGUCGCCCCUCCUCCUCCUCCCCCGCUCCUUGCCCCACCUGCAGACCACAACCAGCCUUAGGAGAUCCAUGGACUUCGUUGUUGGGAGGACUCAGCGGUCCUUCUCCACCCCAUGCUGUCUCUCCUGACCUCAGACCUCUGUGCAGGAAGCGGGAGGGGCCAGGCCCUCUGGAGGCAGCUAGGGGAGCAAGGAGGUGGCCCUCCCAGCCUCAGCCCCAGGAAGUCUCGGGGCAUCUGUUUUAGUUGUGUUCUUUAUUCUCUUCCUCAGUUAUUGAUUCUCCCUCCUCCCUCUCCAUUCACACCAUUUUCCUCUUUGAAGAGUCAAGUACGAUUCAGAGAAACUGCUUUCUCCUGUCCAUACGUGAAAAGGAAAAGGAAAGAAAGAAAGCUUCCAACCACUAGUAAGGCUCAAAAAAAAAAAAAAAGAAAAACACCAAAACCACAAGGGAAAAGAAAACCCAGUUUCUUAGGAAACGCAAAUGAUUUAUUAUCCAGAUAUUUGGAUAAGUUCUUUUUAAGAAAAAAAAAGAAAAUGAAAAAAUAACACAAAAAUAGAAAACGCUUUUCUUGAGUGUGGGUGUGGGCGUGCUCGUGAUUCUGGCCAGCAGCCUGUGUGUGUGUAUGUGUGUAAGAGAGAGAGAAUCAGGGGGAGAGAGACUGAAUAGGAAACCCUUUGCUGCUAAUGAUUCCAUCUUAGGCUAAAUUCUAACAAGCCCUCAGCUUCCGCACUUCUACAGGGUCAGAUGAGGUCUGAGCCGUGGUCCCGUGUUUCUGAAAUCUUAAACAGAUGCUGAAUCAGUAAAGCCAAGGAGGCCUGAGGCCUGGUGUGGGGUGGGGUCCUGCCUCCCUCUCACAGCCCCAGGCAGGUGCCCCCAUGGCUCCUCCGGGUUCCCAGGAAUCCAGAUUAAAAGGACCUGGGAUGGAAAAUGUGGGUGGGCCAGCCCAGCCAGGGAGUACUAUGAUCUGGGGGCUCCUGGAGAGGGGGCAUAGCCCAGAGAGGGUCCUCACAGAGAAAGGAGUCAGGGAUGAGAAUCCCCUGUGGAUACCUCUCUUCCCCUACCCCAAGGCGGGGCCAGCUGGGACACCCCAGCCUCUAGACCAGGUGGGUUGGAGCAGGUGGGCCUUCUCUUAAUGCCCAGGAAUCCAGGAUCUGCCCUUCCCUAGCAGAUUCCCUUCUAUUUCCUCUUCUGUAAAACAGAAGGGGAGGAUAGGACGGGCUCUCCUGCUUCAGAAGCCUGAGCUCCUGGGGUUGGUGUGGCUUUGAGGAACAUGUGAGCAGCCAGCCCUGUGGGUGGUGUGGGAGGCAGGGAGGCGGCUGGUCUGGCUGUGCUUUGCACACCUGCCCGGAGUGGAGGAGGAGGGGUGGAAGGCCAUUUUCCCAGCUCUGAUCUCCCCAGGCACCUCCCUGCAACCCUCUUCUCACACCUUCUGCUGUCUGGGAGAGUCUGAAAGAAGCUUUGGCCAGCAGGGUGGGGGGGGGGGUGUGGCACCCCCUCUCCAGCCUGCCUGUUCCAGGAGGUUCCGAGGGGCCAUCAAGGUCCCUUUCCAGCCGUCUGGUGAUAGCUGGAACCAGACUCUUGAGCUGGCACAGAGGCCACAUCAAAGGCCUCUCCUCCUUGGCACCCAGGCCAAAGCAAGUGCCAGCUCUGGGCACUCACCCCAGGGCUUGCCCCAGCAGGUCCAGGAGCAGCUGCUGGCACCAGCCUGGGUGUAUCCUGGCCUUUUAAAGUCUGAUCUCCUGGGAGAAAAGCAGGUUAGGAGGCUGUAGUCCCAGCCAGUGUCCUAAGCCUGGCGUCCCAGCCAUGUACUCGGGGGCAUGUGGGGACAGUGAGAUUUUCACCAGCCCCCAGCGCCCUGGGGAUCAGGCUGCCGGCCGGCCAUCGAGGGCCUGCUGGGUUUGAGAGAGGUUCCUUUUUAUCAAGGCUGCUCAAGGGGCCAGGCCUGCAUCAGGCUCGAGCCCCUGAGGCUGAGACCACAGCCUUUUACUUUUACCCCAGUGCCUGUGUGGACGUUGCCUCAACAAAAGCAGCGAGCCUUCCCUGCCGAAGGGGCCGUCCGCCUCGGGCUCAGUCUCCCUGCCCACUCCUAGUCUGAGCCGUGUGGGCCUGUGUGGUCACAUGAGGGCAGUCUGGAGUCCAAGGACCAGCGUUCAAGCUCCAGCUUUGCUAUGAGGCCUCUCUGUGACUUCAGGCAUCUGACUGCCUUCUCAAGGCCUCUUUUCCUUUUUAGACCCAGAAGGCUCCACAACUGCUGUCUGAGGCCCUUUGGUCUCUGAUACAUCAUUCUAGGCUUCUGAGGUGAAUCCUGGUGGGUUGAAGUUGACUGUGGUCUGCCAUGGCCCUCCUCCCUGCCCCUCCUCCCUCCCUUCCCUCCUCUCCUCCCUGCCCCUCCUCCCUGCCCCUCCUCCCUCCCUUCCCUCCUCUCCUCCCUGCCCCUCUUCCCUCCCUUCCCUCCACCUCCUCCCUGCCCCUCCUCCCUCCCUUCCCUCCUCUCCUCCCUCCCUCUCCUCCCUCCCUGCCCCUCCUCCCUGCCCUACCCUGAGAAACCUGCUUCCUUAGCGCCCAGGACCGGAGCUCUUGUUGGAUGAGGCCAGGCCAGCCAUCCAGGUGCCAUUUCUGACCUGAUUUCCAGAAAUUGUGUACCAGGGCCUGGAGCACAGAACCAAUUGGCUAAAGCCUCCUGGGAGGGCUCAAACUGUCCAGCUUUAUAAGAAAAGCCUGGAAAGGAUUUGCUGGCACCAUCAAUCUGCUUGGGCUACUGUGACUGUCUGCAGACUGCCCGCCUCGGGGUGGCAUGGAGGUUUCUCGGCUUAUUCAGGCCUGAGAGGCAGCCCCACGCAGCCCGAGUACCUUGAGAGCCACAGAUUAAGUGCCGCUGCAGGGCCUACGCGCUGUGUUGACGUCUCUCGUAUCUGGGGUGUGCUGGCACAUCUGUGCGUGUGUGCAUGUGCUUUUAUCUGUGGGCACAUCAGCGUGCCUCUCCGGGAACGUGUCCCCACCCGUGUGUGCGUGUGUGCCCUCCUCGAGUCCACUGGGCCACCUGGAGGUUGCCCUCUGAGUACACAGGGUCAGUCGGUAUCUCUUCUACGUGCCUCUCCUCUGCCUUCUCUCGCAGGGUUCUGGGCUCCAGAGGGGCCCUCCCCUCUCCUGGAUGCUCCAGGGCCCUCUGGUCUCUUUCCCCCAGCAACCAGGCAGCUGAGCCAGUUCCCGUAACAGGCCCUCUGGGGAGAGGUGACCAGGAGCCUGGGUGCAGGGAGCAGCUCUCCUGCGGGCCAAGGGCUGUACCACCCGCCUGGGCAGUGGACAUGGUUAUAUGCCCGAGGGCUGCCGGGCUGGCCCCAGUCCCACCUCUGUUUAUUCUGUACUACAACCUGUAAAUAACAUUUAGCAUUCCUAUUGUAACAAAAUUAAUUUUUAUGAAAUAAAUUAUAUUUCCUAGUCUAAUAAAAAAUUCAGGUUGUA